AUGAGUAAUAAGGAACCAAAACCCACAAAUAACGUACAUCAUCCGCUUCUAAUUAAUUCUGCAGAGAAUCCAAACGAAGAUGGAUUUGACGAAUACAUACUUGAUACAUUUCGUUACAUUGGUGGCAGGAGAUAUCAUAAUGUCAUCGAUUCAAAGUAUUACUUACCAAACGAUUUAACCGAAAUAGAUCGUUUGGAAAAACAACACUAUCUUUUUCGUCAUAUUUGGCAAGGUAAUUUUUCUGCUCCUAUACAUGAAAAUUUACGAAAAAAAGAAAAUCAUGCUUGCGUUCUUGAUGUUGGAUGCGGUCCAGGAACUUGGGUAACCGAGAUGGCAUAUGAAUAUCCUUCUGCUGUAUUUGUGGGAGUUGACAUCUCACCUAUCUUUCCAUCAGAUCAGAAAAAACCUGAAAAUGCAACCUUCCUUCAAAAUAUGUUGGAUGGCCUCCCGUUCGAAGAUGAUACAUUCGAUUUCGUUUAUCAACGUUUUCUUGCUUCGGCAAUCUCAGAGGAACAAUGGAAAGGUGAAGUGAUUUACGAAUUAUACCGCGUAACAAAACCAGGUGGUUGGGUCGAAUUAAUGGAAGCCGACUUUUUUUCACCAGAAGAACAUGAGGCACCGAUUUGCCAUAAAUUCUAUCGAGCACUAAUUGAUUUCCUUGCUAGCCUAGGGAUUAAUGGCUUUAUUAGUUCUCAACUUGAAAAGAUUUUAACGAGUACUAAGUUAUUUAAAAAUAUUCAUUGCGAAGAACGUUCAACGCCAAUUGGGCAAUGGGGUGGUAGACUCGGAGAAAUUAUGUGCAAUGACAUGAUCGAUGGCGCCGAAGCUUGUAAACCCACCUUAUCACAAUUUAUGGGUAUUUCACAUGAGGAAUUUGAUUCCAUGUUGGAAGCCAUACGUAUAGAAGUUAAUCAAGGACGAUUUUAUUCUAAGACCCAUAGGUAA